AGCAGCUACGCGCGAGGCUUCUUCCCCUCCCCCACCCCCCAUCACACCGACCCAAAGGUCGACGACAAAGAUGGUGGGGGCUCGGAACAUGGGAUCCAAUACUCCCACCACGAGCGCUGUUCUCUUCCCCGGUGGCUAUAUAUAAGUAGCAACGUGGCGUGACGAGUGGGAAUAGACAAAGGAAAUGGCGUGCUCCUUCCCGGUCCUCGACUUGGAGAAGCUCCGUGGAGAGGAGAGAGAGCAGUUCAUGGACCUCCUUCGUGACGCUUGCGAGAAAUGGGGCUUCUUUGAGCUGCUCAACCAUGGGAUCUCGCAUGAGCUGAUGGACGAGGUGGAGAGGCGGACCAAAGCGCACUACGAGCAAUGCAGGGAGCAAAAGUUCAAACAGUUGGCGUGCAAGGCUCUCAAGAGCGGACCCGGUACGGAUGUCACCGACAUGGACUGGGAGAGCACCUUCUUCCUGCGCCAUCUCCCCGUCUCCAACAUGUCCGACUUCCCAGACAUGGACGAGGAGUACCGGAAGGCGAUGAGGGAAUUCGCGACGGGGUUAGAGAAGCUGGCGGAGCGUCUUCUCGAUCUGCUCUGCGAGAACCUCGGCCUGGAGGAGGGUUACCUCAAGAACGCCUUCUACGGAUCCAAAGGUCCGAACUUUGGCACCAAGGUGAGCAACUACCCGCCAUGCCCUCGCCCGGAGCUGAUCCACGGCCUGCGAGCCCACACCGACGCUGGCGGCAUCAUCUUGCUCUUCCAAGACGACCGCGUCAGCGGCCUCCAGCUUUUCAAGGAUGGCCAGUGGAUCGACGUGCCGCCCAUGCACCACUCCAUCGUGGUCAACCUCGGAGAUCAGCUAGAGGUGAUCACGAACGGCAAGUACAAGAGCGUGCUGCACCGGGUGGUGGCUCGGAGCGACGGCAACAGGAUGUCGAUCGCCUCCUUCUACAACCCGGGCGGCGACGCCGUCAUCUACCCCGCGCCCUCCCUGGUCCAGAAGGAAGCGGAGGCGUACCCGAGGUUUGUGUUCGAGGACUAUAUGAAGCUCUACGUCACGCAAAAGUUUCAAGCGAAGCAGCCCAGGUUUGAAGCAAUGAAGGCCACGGUUACAGUCACUGGUCAACCUACGCCUACACGUUAGGACACCACGACGUCUCACGUGGAGCUGCCACCAUCUAUUAGAAUGUGGCAUCCAAAUUGUGGAAAUAAGCGACGCACUAUGAAAGUGGCUUUUUUUAGUCUCGAGGGUUAUGUCGUCGAUCCAAUUUUCCACUUCUUUGCCAACACUAUUUUCUAAUUAAAUAUAUCAAUGUUGACUAAGGUCAUUUUUUUC